AUGACCAGUGCGGACGAUGACCGCAGUCUCGAGGUCAAGGCGGUCGCCGCCGUCUUCAUGUCGGUGGCCUGCGUCACCGUCAUGCUGCGCUGUUACGUGCGCGGAUGGGUCGUCAAGGGCUUCGGAUGGGAUGACGGCACGAUGGUGUUUGCCAUGUUGCAGCUAUUCCACGUCAUGUUCUCGGCCUGUAUGAUCGGAGGCUCGAUAUACGGCACGGGGCGGCGAUUCGCCGAUCUCACUGCCCACGAACGAGUCACAGCCAUGAAGUACUGGUGGCUCUGCGAAAUCGCCUACUGCUUCGCCUCCAUCUUCUGCAAGAUCUCCGUCUGCAUCUUCCUGAUGCGCAUCACCGUCAAGCCCAUCCACCUGUGGAUCCUGUACACCGUCAUGGUGCUGACCGUGCUGGCCGGCCUCGUCUUCAUGUUCCUGAUGCUGCUGCAAUGCAAGCCGCUCGCCUACUUCUGGACUCGCACGGCCUUCGACCCCGACAUCGACGGCCACUGCAUCAGCAUUGAUAUCAUCAUCGCCAUGACCUACGUGUACAGCGCGUUUGCGGCCAUCUGCGAUUUCACCGUCGGUCUCUUGCCUAUUUUCCUCGUGCGCAAGCUCCAUAUGAAGAAGCAGACCAAAAUCGCCGUGGUCUGCAUUCUCAGCAUGGCCUGCAUUGCCUCGUCAGCAGUGAUCAUCCGCAUUCCCUAUGUCAAAACAUUCGCGGACCCGGACUUCCUCUACGCCACCGUCGAAAUCGCCAUCUGGUCGAACAUCGAAACCGGCCUCGGCAUCACCGCCGGCAGUCUCGCGACCCUGCGCCCUCUCCUGCGCCACUGGCUCGGCUCGCGCGCCGACCCAAGCUACUCGUCGCCAUUCCCAGGACCUUCUGCAUCGCGCCGGGCCGCGGCGGGAGCAAGUCGCGACCGGCCAUUUCCUCUCGGCUCGCUCGACAACGACGUGCAGAGUCGACUGCGGCCCGACAAGUUGGCCGUCACGGUGACGACGAUCCAGAGCCAGAGUCAGCAUGACCCGGAGCAGUCGUGGCGCGGGGGCCCCAGCAGUCCGAACAGUAGCGAAGAGAGGCUGACGAUCGCGCAGCCGUCGCCGAUCGCCGUGCAUGAUGGCGGCGGCGAGAUGGGGCUGAGUAUUCAUCAGACGUUUGAGGUUACGCAGACGUCGACGGGUGGGUUGCCUGGUGGUGGGAGUGGUGAGGAGAGGGUGGGUGUUAGAGAGCAUGUUUGA